AUGGUUUCCCGUACGCUCCCUCGUAUGGCCGGUUUCGUCUUCCGGGAGAACCGUGUCCCUUACUACCAGCGUCUUUUCCAGAAUGGAGAUGGUGUUCGCCAAUGGAAGAAGACUGCUCGAAGCCCAUAUCUGCUAUAUCCAUUCUACGUAUCUCUCUACGGCAGCACCAUUGCCACCAUGUAUGCCAUGGGCAGAAUAGUUCUUGUGAGUAACAUGAAAUACUGA